AAUAGCCUAUUGUACAUAUUGUACAAAUACUCCAUUGGCUCCCUAGCGGGAUUUGAAAGAAAUAGUAGUCCACGUCUAUGUAUUGGUUCCUCUCUUAUACAACGUUUUGUACACUGAAUUAUGAAGGAAAAAUACAUUGUCCAUCAUAACAAAUGACGUAUAGAAAUACUUAUAAGAAAAAAAACCAACAAACUGUAUUCGUAAGUGUCUCAUGUCCUUUUUGGUAAGGAAGUACUGUGUUUAUACCUUCAAUUCCAGUUUGUUCCUUAAAUCUUAAGUCAUUAUUACUUGAACUUAGCACGUGUCCAAAUUUCUGUGUCAGACACCAAAAUUUUUCCCACUAAGUACUGUGUUGUUUUUUUAGCUGGAGAUAGACAAAUAUAAACCUGAUUGUUACUCGAAUUUUAUGGGAUAUGGAGUAAUCAAGUUAACUUAAUUAAUAAGGUUCUUUUUUUUCUUUUUCCCUUUGAUGGAAACUUAUUUGUUAGUAUGUUAAUAUGUCAUUCCAAUUCCUUAUAUAUAGUAUAUAGCAUGGAGAUAUAUUAAGCCAUGCUAUUUUAACUUUUAAGUCAUGCAUGUGACAAAUCAAUGAAGAAGUUCGUGGAAUUUUGUUUAUAAUGAUAGGCAAGGGAAGCAUUUUCAACAAGUUCCAAGAACACUGAGUCUUUGUAUGGAGUUGGCGUUGCAAAUAGAUGUUGUUGACCAAACAAAUUAUAAUUGCAAGAGCAAAUAAAGGGUGGUGGUUCAUGAAGCGUUCACUUUAAUAAUGUUCUGGUUAUGAUAAUAUUACAUUAUAUCAUAUAUAAAAAGAGAGUUCAAUUCAUUAACCCUGCACAAUUAUUCUACCAUCUACCAAGUGAAGUUGUCCAUCAAUAAUGGGUUGGGGUUUGAAGACAUUUAAAUGCUCAUUUCUUAUUUGGAGCCUUUUCUUUAUUAGUUUAUCUUAUUCUGAAAAUUUUGAUUUUGAAAAAGCUCCAAAGUUCAAGUUUGUGAAAGAAGCAACUUUGGCACCACCAAUCUUAUAUUAUGAUUAUAUAAUAAUUGGUGGAGGAACAUGUGGUUGUCCACUAGCAGCAACACUUUCACAAGGUGCAAGAGUUUUAGUCCUUGAAAGGGGUGGUUCACCAUACACAAACCCAGAGAAGAUCAACAUAUACAACUUUGUCAGUGCACUAUCUGACAUAAGCCCUUCAGCAUUUGCACAGCAAUUCAUAUCAAGGGAUGGUGUCCUAAAUGCAAGGGCACGUGUCCUUGGUGGUGGUUCUGUCCUAAAUGCAGGAUUCUACUCAAGAGCUAGUUUAAGGUACAUAAUGGAAUCCGGGUGGAAUGAAACUCUGGCAAAGAUUGCAUAUAAAUGGGUUGAGAAGAAGGUGGCUUUUAAGCCUACACUGCUGCAGUGGCAAGCAGCAGUGAAGGAUGCAUUACUUGAAGUUGGGGUGCUACCUUACAAUGGCUUCACUCUUGAUCACCUUUAUGGGACUAAGAUUGGAGGCACCAUCUUUGACAAGGAUGGUAAUAGGCACACUGCUGCUGACUUGUUAGAGUAUGCUGAUCCAAGGAGGAUUUCUGUUUAUGUCCAUGCCACAGUCCACAAGAUACUCUUUAGAUACAAUAUAGAAAGAAGGAGGCCUCAAGCUUAUGGAGUGAUUUUCAAAGAUGCAUUAGGAAAAAUGCACAAAGCAUACUUAGGAAAGAGGUCAAAAAAUGAGAUAAUUGUAUCAGCUGGGGCCCUUGGAAGCCCACAGAUACUGAUGCUGAGUGGAAUUGGGCCUGCAAGCCAUCUGAAGGCCCAUGGAAUCAAGGUGGUUUUGGACCAGCCUCUGGUUGGCAAAGGUAUGGCAGAUAAUCCAAUGAAUGUGUUGGUGGUUCCUUCUCCUUUACCUGUUGAAGUGUCUCUGAUCCAAACAGUUGGAGUCACCAAGUUCGGUAGCUUCAUUGAAACAGCCAGUGGAUUGAGCAUAGGUCAUUCUUGGGCUGAAAGGCUUCAAGGGAUCUUUGAAUUUGUGUCCAACCAGAGUGGGAAACCAUCAUCAGUGAUGUAUCCACCAGAAACAAAGGAGGAGAGUGUUGGAGACACCAUAAGAUCACUAUCCAAUCCAAUUCUGAAAGGAGGAGUCAUCCUUGAAAAGAUCAUAGGACCAAGAUCAACAGGGCAUCUAGAACUCGUUACCACUAAUCCCAAUGACAACCCUUCAGUUACCUUCAACUAUUUCAAGGAUCCAGAAGACCUAAAGAAGUGUGUUCUUGGCAUGAAAACAAUCAUAGAUGUCAUCAACUCCAAAUCAUUCUCAAAGUUCAGGUUCAAGAACAUGCCUGUGGAAGCUCUCAUUGACUUGAUGUAUCACAUACCAAUGAACUUGAGACCAAAGCAUGCCUCUCCUACCCUUUCUUUAGAACAGUAUUGCAUAGACACUGUCUUAACUAUCUGGCAUUACCAUGGAGGAUGCCAAGUUGGAAAAGUUGUUGAUCUUAAUUACAGGGUUCUUGGUGUUGAUGCUUUGAGAGUUAUUGAUGGAUCCACCUUUUAUCGCUCUCCAGGGACUAAUCCUCAAGCUACUGUUAUGAUGCUUGGAAGAUACAUGGGAGAGAAGAUUUUAAGGAAAAGAUACUUCCCUGCAAAGAAGUGAAGGGAUAAUUCACUGGGUGCUAAAUUUUUUAGAUCCAUAGUUUAUUGUCUUGUAUGACAAUCAUUUUUCCAAAAUAUUAUUACUACCCGAGAUUUCAGAUAAUAAAUAUUUUUAGGAGAAUGUAUACUUCUUUCUUAAUCUAUUAUUUACGUUGUUCAGAAA